AUGGGCUCACAGUUCGGGACGCCCCUCUCGAACGGCUUCGCGUUGGCUACCGAAACUGCCUUUCAGUCCGGCAAUAGGCUGCUCACGGCUCGGAGAUUUGCGGACGACAAGUUUGCCAUCAAAGCGGCGGGGAGCGCAGCCGAUACGAUGGUCGAACAUUUUUACCCGGGUUGCCGGCUUGUUCUGGAUACUUCGACCCCGCUGAAGGUCUGCGGCUUGCUUGUCCACAUUCUGGGCACUACGAUCAACACGGAGGCGACGCUGACCGGCAAACCCUUUGCGUCCGCCUACAGUGCCGGGAUGCAGAAACGGCAGCGCGGUGUUGUUCGGGGCCACCUUGCCCGCCUGAAGCUCUCCAGCACCAUAUUCCCAAAGACCGCACUGCUUGGCACCAUCUGCAUGCUCACACAGCAGGGAUAUAGUGCGAAGAUCCUGCAGCAGGAACUGAUGCGAUGCCUGGACGACAUGCGGGAGCUCUACAUGAACAGGCGCGGCGUCGGCUGA